AGUAUUUGCGCAUACAACUCCGCUCCGCUCUGCACACAUGGUCGACAGAUCUAUUUGCAGAGCGAGCUGCAGUGAGAAGCUUUGUCCUCCUAGGGGUUUUCGAGCUCGUGUUUGCUUCGCCCUCCAAAUUCGUUAACGGUGAACAAUGUAGCAGCCGACGACGGCGACGUUUCAUCACCGGGAGGACAUUUAAAACGAACCCCCACCGGGAAAGCUCGUUGAACGGAUGUUAAAUCUCAUAAUUUAAUUGGAGGUCAUUUAAACCUGAACUCCCCCUUCUCAUUGGGAUCUAGAAAAGAGAAUAUUUGAUUCGUGCAUAUUUUUUUAUCGGACAAAACUAACCGCAAUGUAACGGCAUUUUUUAGAGUGGUAAGCGGUCUUUCUAAGAGUGGGUGUCCGUUAUUUUUCGGCUGAGAUGUGAGAAGAGUUGUCGUGAUUUCUGCUGCAGUCCUGCUGUUUUAGCCUACAUCGGCUGUAUAAGGAACAAUAGCCUCCAAUCUGUGGAUGAACAGGGAGUUUGGUGGUGCCACCGCUAGGUUUCUAAGGAGAAGUGUUCACAUCGCACAAUGAGACUUGGCUACAUUCACACAUAGUUUGGAGCAGAAUAUGGAUUUUUUUCUGUCGUCCUGGCUAAGAGUUGGGAAUGCGGUAAUGGAGAACCGGAAUAAUCCAAUAUAGCCUAACCGCUCGUGGCUGGAAGAAACGAAUAGACCCGUGGGAACGAGAAUGUUGGCGGUCCUGGAAAUUGUAGUCUGCAACACCGUAAAUCAAUCAACGACCGACUGAGUAAACGAAUUAUUGCUGAUUUGACCGUGGCGUCGGUCGACGGUAGCCUACCCUAGAACAAACCGUCAAUAACGGAUAAUCGAUAUUUGUAUUGAUGACGGAAUCACAUCGAUGAUAACAACCCACUCGGCGCACUACACUACUCCACGUUCAGAAGAUAAUCAUAGCCUGUGCGUGGGCGUUGUAAGCAGUGUUGUUGACCGAAAAGGACACAUAUUUCGGGCUGACAGAUUGGCAGUGACACCGGCGGGUCUGUGCGUGUGAGAGGAUGGCAGCGGUAGUAAACUACUCUCCCCCGUGGUGGGUCAACCUGCUCCACCGCCUCCCCCACUUCAACCUGCAGUUUGAGACGGUCAGCAGCGACUUCAGACCCGAGGACUCAGAGUACCAGAAGUCGGUGCUGUUGCUAGGCGGAAUAGCGUUGGUGUGUCUGGCUCUGGACCUCCUCUUCCUCCUCUUCUACUCUUUCUGGCUGUGCUGCCGACGACGCAAGACCCAUGACGACACACGUUCUCACUCACACACACACCAGCCCCCCAACCCUGACUGCUGUUGUACAGCCUGGUGUGUCAUCAUCGCCACGCUCGUCUGCAGUGCCGGCAUCGCCGUGGGUUUCUAUGGAAAUGGGGAGUCAUGUGAUGGAGCCAACCGCCUGGCGUAUUCUCUACGGCACGCCAACCGCACCGUGGCAGGGGUCGACAAACUGGUGACGGACAGUGCCCUGUCUCUGAACCAGACAGUGGAGGGAGGUCUGGUCCAGUUGGAGACUAACAUCCUACUCUGACCAGACUGACUAUACGGUCAUCCCUCUGAACAGACUGACUACGUGUCCAUCAUCCAGAAGCUCCAGGGUCAGCUGGAUGAGCUGGUCAGACUCAUGGUGGACAUCCCCUUCUGGAGUAACUCUGAGAUCUCCCUAGAAGACAAUUUGGCCUUCAAGACGGAAGCCUUUGACUGGUACAGGUGGCUGGUAUACCUGACUCUGCUGCUGUUUGAUGUUCUGAUCUGUCUGCUGGUUCUGUUCGGACUGAUACGCAACUCUAAAGGCACUCUGAUUGGGGUGUGUUUGUUGGGUGUUCUGACUCUCGUCAUCAGCUGGUCUCUGGGACUGGAGCUGGCAGCUGCCGCGACGGCCAGCGACUUCUGUGUCUCCCCGGAUACCUACAUCACCAGGGUAACCAAGGAGAACGCUGUCAUCAACCAAGAUAUCCUGCAGUAUUACCUGAGGUGCAGCAGUGGCCAAUCAAAUCCUUUCCAGCAUAAGCUGUCUGGCAGUCACAAAGCCCUGGUUGAGAUGCAAGAUGACGUGGCAGAACUCCUACAGUCAGCUAUACGGGAUUACCCCAACACCAAGGGGACUCUGGAACAGAUUCAGACUGUGUUGAACUCUACGGAGGUUGGCCUUCAUCAACUCACCGCUCUGGUCGACUGUCGCAGCCUGCACAUGGACUAUGUCCAGGCUCUAACAGGGUUGUGUUAUGAUGGAGUGGAGGGGCUGAUCUACCUGGUGCUGUUCUCCUUCGUCACAGCUCUCAUGUUCUCCUCCAUCGUCUGCAGUGUGCCGCACACCUGGCAGAGCAAGAGGACGGAUGAUGAGGAUGGAGAAGACGAGUCUGCUGCCCAAGGCAAUCGGGCGGGUCCUCAUGAUAACCUGUACCGCGUGCACAUGCCCAGCCUCUACAGCUGUGGUAGCAGCUACGGCAGCGAAGCUAGCAUCCCUGCUACGGCCCACACUGUCAGCAAUGCCCCUGUUACUGAGUACAUGACCCAGAACGCAAACUUUCAGACCCCCAGGUGUGAGAACACGCCUCUGAUUGGCAGAGAAUCCCCUCCACCCUCUUACACCUCGAGUAUGAGGGCCAAGUAUCUGGCCACCAGUGGACCGGACCAGAACCGAAGGUCAGUCCCUAAUGACCAGUUGGACCCAGCCAGCCGACCACAUCCCCUCGCCAGACCACAGUCAUCUGUCCACUAGAACCUUCCAGAACCUACCAAAACCUCCUAGAACCUAUUGUAACCUACCAGAAUCUUCUAGACAGAACUCAUCAACCACAAAAGAACGGGAACAAACCAGAACCAGUUUUUCAUUCCACUAAAGAACCACAACCCACUAGAACCACCAACUCCUUAGAACCUGUUGACACAGUAGUCCACGUAUAGAACCAGAACCACUAAGGAUCACAACCACCUCCUCAGCCCAUAGGAACCACUCAAAUAAACUUCUCAGAUUCACCUGAACAGACCACAGUGGGUUGAAAACCAGAGCCAACCAACGGACCACCCAGCCCAGCCCAGCUCACCAGAACAGAACCUCAACCAAUCAGCCAACCAACACCAACCUACCUACAGACUCCAGAAGAUCACCAUGAACCUUGUAGAUCUCCCCCUCCCCCCACCACCACCUCAGCUCCCACAGUCCCACUCAGCUCUACACCAUCUCAAGCUGGAUCCUUCACCUCUUUACCAAGUAUACGGCCCUCUGGUGGUGACUGCCGGUAUGAGCCUGUUUAUUAAGUAUACUGCCCUCUGGUGGUCACUGCCGGUAUGAGCCUGUUUAUUAAGUAUACUGCCCUCUGGUGGUGACUGCCGGUAUGAGCCUGUUUAUUAAGUAUACUGCCCUCUGGUGGUCAAUGCCGGUAUGAGCCUGUUUAUUAAGUAUACUGCCCUCUGGUGGUCAAUGCAGGUGUGAGCCACACACACAAACAUCCUGUAUAGAACUGUAAAUAGUGAAAUAGUAUGAGUUACAUUCUGGAGGAAGACUCAACUGAAACAUGGUGGUAUUUAGAGUGUGUGUUUCCAAGUACUGAGGCUGUAUCUCAUUCUAGGCCACACACACACACACCUGUACGUGUGUGUACCUCUCUCUACUCUACCUGCCUCUGUAAACAACCCUCCUGCCAUAUAAUCCACCAAGCCACUAGGACACAGAAUCUGACUGCAAAACGGCCCCUGCACUCUGCAAAACGGCCCCCUGCACUCUGCAAAACGGCCCCCUGCACUCUGCAAAACGGCCCCCUGCACUCUGCAAAACGGCCCCCUGCACUCUGCAAAACGGCCCCCUGCACUCUGCAAAACGGCCCCCUGCACUCUGCAAAACGGCCCCCUGCACUCUGCAAACGCUCCAACAUUCCUGUAACAUCGGGAGUUUUAAACUUCACUGCAAAGGGCUGUUGUGCAGACGGACCAUGUGGCCUGAAGCUGAAUCAGAAAGCCAUGUUGUGGAGUAACCACUCUCUGUAGAUAGAUUUAGCCAUCACUGUACAGCAGUGACAUGUUAACAUUUAGCCUGUGUUAAGAGCCACGUUAACUAACUACAUGUAUGACUACAACAUGAAAUCGUGAGCUCUCUCUCUUGAGUGUGUUCAUGUGUUCUGUGUGUGUUUGCGUGCGUCUAACGCACAUGUAAAUAUGAGUCCAGGACCGAACGGAACAUGGUGGAAUUCCAAACAUUCUGAAAUCAGAUUCCGAUUCCAGAUUCCCAGAGAAAGAGUUUGCGUUCCCAAACUAACUCUGGGACUCAAUGAAAAGACGAAGGGAUAUGGGAGAGCUCAUCUGUGGGCUAACAACUCUGUAUAAUGAGGGAUGUGACCUCUCCUAAACUGAAGGACAUGGGAGAGGUCAUCUGUGGGCUAACAGCUCUGUAUAAUGAGGGAUGUGACCUCUCCUAAACUGAAGGACAUGGUAGAGGUCAUCUGUGGGCUAACAGCUCUGUAUAAUGAGGGAUGUGACCUCUCCUAAACUGAAGGACAUGGGAGAGCUCACCUGUGCCAAAAUAACAGAAUAAUGAGGGAUGCUUUAUCCCGUCAUUCCUUUUUCUAAGUUCCUUAAUUCUCAGAAAGGGAAAAUAAAUGCUGGAUAAUGUUGGAUCAUACGGUGAAAGACAGAGAAAGACUCUUAAAAUAAAAUGUGUUUUUUAAUUUAGUUUAAAAAAAAAUGUAACUUGAUAAUGAAGAAUUGGGGUGCUGUGACCAACUUUCUCUUUCAAUAAAUAAACAUUUACUUCAUUUUUAUUAUUUCGUCAAACAGGGAUCUUCUUAAACGACCUGACUAAAGGUCACGAUGAGGUUAGAGGUCACAACCUUUCUCAAAACAGGACGUUUUUUUCUUCUUCUUCUUCUUCUUCUCGGAAGCACAAACGAUCUUCGCGGUAACUAUGGAGACGGAAAAGAAGAACACUCACACGGCGACGUAACGUGUGUGUGUGUGUUGUGGGAACGCUUAGAGCCUCGUGGAACAUGGUGAAGUGAAAGGAAACCUCUCCUUAACCUAGGUUAGGGGCCAACCAUAGAGUAAGAUACUUGACUAGGUACUCUAUCUAACUCUAUGGGGCUGCCAGUCGUUUAUCUCUACGGGCCGACCAUAGUUAGACAGAGGACUCUCUAAACACCCUCUUACCUUACUAGGUACUCUAACUCUAUGGGGCUGCCAGUCGUUUAGCUCUAGGGGCCAACCAUAGUUAGACAGAGGACUC